UCCGGCGGCUGCCCGGUACUUCAUAAAGCCGCUGUCGCCGCGGGCUGUCGCCGCGGUUUGCCUCUGCAGCAGCUCUGGGCUCUUCUCGGCUGCGGGAGCAGCUGCUCCAAUGCUCCAGGGUGGCCAUGGGCGCCCCGCACUGGUGGGACCAGUUGCAGGCUGGCAGCUCGGAGGUGGACUGGUGCGAGGACAACUACACCAUCGUGCCUGCUAUCGCCGAGUUCUACAACACGAUCAGCAAUGUCUUAUUUUUCAUUUUACCACCCAUCUGCAUGUGCUUGUUUCGUCAGUAUGCAACAUGCUUCAACAGCGGCAUCUACUUAAUCUGGACUCUUUUAGUUGUAGUGGGAAUUGGAUCCGUCUACUUCCAUGCAACCCUUAGUUUCCUGGGUCAGAUGCUUGAUGAACUUGCAAUCCUUUGGGUUCUGAUGUGUGCUUUGGCCAUGUGGUUCCCCAGAAGGUAUCUACCAAAGAUCUUUCGGAAUGACCGGGGCAGGUUCAAGGUGGUGGUCUGUGUCCUGUCUGCAGUUACGACGUGCCUGGCAUUUGUCAAGCCUGCCAUCAACAACAUCUCUCUGAUGACCCUGGGAGUUCCUUGCACUGCACUGCUCAUCGCAGAGCUAAAGAGAUGUGACAACGUGCGUGUGUUUAAGCUGGGCCUCUUCUCGGGCCUCUGGUGGACCCUGGCCCUGUUCUGCUGGAUCAGUGACCGAGCUUUCUGCGAGCUGCUGUCGUCCUUCAACUUCCCCUACCUGCACUGCGUGUGGCACAUCCUCAUAUGCCUUGCUGCCUACCUGGGCUGUGUAUGCUUUGCCUACUUUGAUGCUGCCUCAGAGAUUCCUGAGCAAGGCCCUGUCAUCAAGUUCUGGCCCAGCGAGAAAUGGGCCUUCAUUGGUGUCCCCUACGUGUCCCUUCUGUGUGCCAACAAGAAAUCAUCAGUCAAGAUCACGUGAUGGCAAGGUGGUGGCUGGCUUCUCUGCUUAUCGCCCCUCAUGCAGUGGGCUUCCUUUGCUAGGAAGACAGCCAAGGGAUUUCGAAGAGUUGGGAUGUGGGCUAUCUUUUCAAAAAUCUGUUUGCUGAGGCUCUCA